AUGCGAUGGACUAUGCCAAUUCCUUAUUACUUUGAUUCUGUGGUGAACAGGACAACUAUUCUAGCAGGUAUACGUCUUUGGGAACAAGAGACAUGUAUACGUUUCAUUAGGAAAGACAGUAAACCUCCAGGAAACUCUAUUCAGUUUAUUACCGGUUCUGGGUGCUCUUCAUCCGUAGGAAUGCAAGGAGGAGCUCAACGCGUGACACUUCAUCCUAUCGCAUGCAAUACUAUUGCCACAGUAGUCCAUGAAAUAGCUCAUGCUCUUGGAGCCUGGCAUGAACAGAGUCGCUCUGAUCGGGAUUCAUAUGUGACUAUCUUGAACGAUAACAUUCCGGAAGAUGUAUAUCCGGCUAAUUUCGGCAAAAAGUCAACCAUGGAUUAUGGAGUUGGUUACGAUUAUGGUUCUGUGAUGCACUAUGCCAAAAAUGAUUUUGCGAUUGAUAUCAAAAAGCCAACAAUCAUUCCACGUGAUCCGAUGAUGGAAAAUGUUAUCGGACAAAGAGUUGGAUUAUCUUUUUUUGACGUCAAAAGGAUGAAUCUAGCUUAUUGUAGUUCAAUUUGCAAAAAUACCCUAACAUGCCACAACUACGGAUAUGUGAACCCGAACAACUGUAACGUUUGCAAGUGCCUUCCACCGUAUUCUGGAAAACUGUGUGACCGUCUUCAACUAUCUGGCUGUGGUGAUUUGACACUUACCGCGACAUCGUCUUCAAAAACUAUCACUGCAUCCGGAGCUAAGACGUGUUAUUUUUUGAUUACGGCUCCACCUGACAAGAAAAUUCAGUUUAAAAUGCUGGAUCAACGUCUUUAUGACUACUUGGGAUUAUGCAAAUACAGUUACGUUGAGGUCAAAGUGAAAAGAGAUUUCACGAAAUACGGACCACGUUUUUGUAAACUCCCUCCACCUGUCCUACUGUCGGAAACCAAUGAAGCAAUGAUUGUGUUUCAAGGAUAUUUCUCAACUAACAAAAUCACUAUGGAAUAUCGCUCUGUUUGA